AUCCCCCUCCGCAAUGGCGCCUGUACAGAAGAAGGCACCAGUCAAGGGCAAAGGUCCUGCCUCCAAGAAGAAGCAGGGACACAAGUUUGUCAUCGACUGCACCACAGCCGAGACGGACUCCAUCCUUGACACCAGCCAGUUUGAGAAGUACCUCAAGGAGAAGAUCAAGGUCGACGGCAAAGCGGGCAACUUGGGGGACACUGUUGCAAUCAGCCGAGACAAGAGCAAGAUCGUGGUCACCGCUGAGGGCCUCUUCUCCAAGAGAUAUCUUAAAUAUCUGUCGAAGAAGUUCUUGAAGAAGCUACAGAUGAGGGAUUUCUUGCGUAUUGUGUCCACUAACAAGUCCACAUACGAGCUCAAGUAUUACAACAUCCAGGAGAAUGACGAUGAUGCUGGUGACGAAUAGAUUAUUCAAUAAACUUUGUUUUUGGUCUGAAACUGAAUGGAGAAAAUGUACCUUUG